UGCCCAGACGACGAAACCAACAGUGGAUCCUUCCUAUCCUUGUACGAAAUAUAAGCGGAAACCUUCAUACCAAGAUUUAAUAAAUCUGUCCUCUUCUCCUCCCCUGUUCCUAUCGGAAAACGAGAGGCUUGAUCCCCUUUUUCUCCGCGCUGGAUUCUCUGCAAACCGCUCCAAAACCCACCCCUAUUUCUCCUCGCCCUACAUCAAGAUUGAGAGGAUAUAGAGAGAAUGACGGAUUGUCGCCGGCGAUGACGCCCCGGGCGGUGAAUUCCCGGCACGCCGUGGAGGCGUGCACCCUGCAGCUCCACGCCUGGAAGCCCUUCCAGCUCCAGACCCUCGGCGUCGAUCCCUCCUCCUCCAAGCCCUACCCCUUCCACGCCAAGAAGCCCUGCCGCCCCGAUCGCUCUACCGCUCCCAUCCCCACUACCGCCGCCGACUCCCUCGAUCUGUCUCGUCUCAGCCUCUUCGACGACCCUCCGCCCCGCCCUCGGGAGGAGAGCUUCCGGUGGCUCGCCCGUAAGCGCCGCCGCAGGGGGUCCCGGUCCGUGUCGGGUCGGAGCAGCGACCGGAGCGGCACCCGCCGGCGGGGCAGCGCGUCGGCGGCAUACGCCACCUGCUCUGAUUUCCCUCUCGCGGCCGGGGGCACGGACUCCAGCGGGGAGCUGUUCUUGAACGGGGAUGGAAGCUGGGGGUCGGACGUCAGCGAGGCGCGGAUCUCGAGGAAGGAGAGCAGGGAGGUCGCGGGGGGAGCCGGGUUGGAGAGGGACAGCUCCGGAUUCGGGUCGUUUCAGGGUGGAGGAGGGUCUGGGGCUCUGGAGUCGCAGGGGAAUGAGUCCGGGUAUGGCAGUGAACCGGGGUACAGAGGCGAUGGAGAGCAUGGAUAUGAUGAUGAGUUUGAUGAGGAGGAUGAGGAUGGGCGGCAGUUAUUCUGGGGCAAAACGUUUGGAGGUGAGAAUAAUUUUGCAGAGCAGAAGACUCACCACAGAGGCAGGCGGAAGAAGCAUGAUUGCAGAACAAUGGUUCCAUUGAGAUAAUAAUGAAGCAUCUUAUUAUAAUUUGCUGCAUGAAAUCAUCAAAUCGUGGUUAAUGUAACAGAAGAUACUUAUAGUUACCCGAUGCCAAACAGUCAUGUUGAUUGUUUGGAUGUAAUUAAUGAACAUUGUGUUUUUUUUUAGUAAUAUUGGAACCCAGAAGUUGCAAUGCAAGUUUUGAUUCAGUCUGAGAUAGUUGUAUAAAUGGAUAUUAUUGCAUCAGUUGGUGGUGUACAUUGAGUAUUUUAAUCAAGCAAAUUCUCUUCUGCGCUUUC